UUUUUGUUAUUUAUUUUUUAGGUUUUUCAAUUUUUGCUUUGAGCCCUUUGAGUGUUUUGUUUUUAGAUUCAAUGAAUAUCUCAAUAUCUGAUCCGGUCGUGGUGGCGCCUGCAGUCUCCUUGGUGCCACGCCUGCAACCAUGGGAGUUAAUGGGCUGGUCGGCCCAACAGCAUCGCCGCAUUUGGCGUAGUUGGGCCCAGACCUUCGCCCGGAACCGUAACAAUAUGGCCGCUAUUCAUUAUUUUAAUAAGUGCAUUGAUGAGCAUGACGACGGCCACUUUUUGACCCUUUGCAUGCGAAGUAAUUUCAAUCGGCAGAUAGCCCAGGCGGAGAAAGCACUGGACGAUAGCAGAAAAGCAGCCAGAAUAGCACCGUGGAGUGCGUUUGUUAAUCUUCAAAUAGCUGAUGCGUUAUAUGAUCUAAAUAAAUUCGAAGAGAACAAAAUGUCGCUGCAUAACGAUUCGCGUUUAUAUUCCGGCACCAAGAAGUUGCCAUUCAAUUACCGUCUGUUAGUUGUCAAUAGUAAUUUUGAAGAUAAUUUGGGCGAUAGCUUGAGACCGUUUUUUCUGAGGAAUUUGGCCAGUAUGCGUACCAUAUAUGAGGAAAUACUCAAGCCAGAAAAGCCAGCGGAAGCAUCUACCCGCUGGAAGGCGCACAAUGAUUUAAAUGAAUGCGACGUUCACAGUUUGGUCGAGAAGAAAAAGAUAAGGAUAUCACCAUUGGAGGCAGCCCGGCGCAAGCGCAAAACCAAAAUCUAUUAUCAAAGUUAUUUGAAUGAUUCCUGGAUUGAUAUUGCCUUUUUGAAAACCCUGCGCCAUAAUCCCAUCGUGCUGCUGGACAAAUAUUACAAUUCUGCGCACGAGCGCGAAAAAUAUUUGAAUAAUUCCUAUGAGUGCAUCAAAAAGUUCACAAAAAUGUUGCACGCCCGUAGCCCCAUGUAUAAUCAGAACUAUCAACGGAUGGCCAAUCCAGAUAUGUUGGAACAAAUGCAUCAAGACAAUAAGAACCGCAUACAGUAUCAAACACGCAGAAACAUGCUAUCCAUUCUACGAACUAUUCGAGCCUUACGUGAACAGAAGGACAUUGCGCGCCUGCGCAAAUUUGUAUCAAAAGUAAUGGGCGAGUUUGUUGUGCUGAAGACUAGAAGGAUAAUGCCUUGGAAAAUUGAGUUCAUGAACGAGGUGUACAACCAUUUGGCAUUGAGCUUAUGUGAAAUGUACAGUAUACCGGAUUAUAAGGUGUCGCCCUAUGAUAAUGAUUCCAUGUGCCGCCUGCUUGGUGUUAGUCCAUUGAAGCCGACUGAACCGCAGGGCGUGGUGUUUGGCGACCGUUCCACCUACACCUAUGAAGACAGCGGCGCUGCAUUUGAACAGGCCCAGGAGUACAAGCGAGCCAAAGCUGCGCUGGACAAGCGCUUGCAUUUCGCUAAGCUGCCCAUCGAGCGCAGCUAUCUGCUGUACGAGAUAGCCGAUUGUCUAUUGUCUCAGAAUCAUCUGGUGCAUUGUUUAUUGUUUGCCAAAAAGUCAAUUGAUGAGGCCGUUAGAGCCAAUAGCAAAAUCUGGCAAUUUCUGGCCACCAUGCUGCAGGCCAAGGCGCAUGCCAUACUCUGCAAAUACGAGCGCCAGGCGGAAGUGCUCAAUAAUGCUUAUAAGCUGGCCAAGGAACUUAAGUCACCCAGUCUAUGUACAUUUAUUGAACUGUGCCGCAUGCUUAACAGAGACUACAUGACCCUGCGCAAAGUGUCCAUAUUGGUGUCUACCAAACGGUUGCGCUGUAGGAUAUCAAACCGAUCCAGCUGUAUGCUGCCGCACCAGAUAGUACCUAAGGCUGAUUCGGACAAGUUAUAGGCCUAGUGAAGCGAGUGCUCUACAAUUAUGCUGCAGGACUUACCCGCACUUCUUUGUACACCACUCGCUUCUCCAGGUCAACUGCCGUUCAUGUCCUUGUCAGCGAGAAUAUUGUUUUUAUUUAAAUUUAUAAUAUAAAAUAACAAAAAACACUAAAUUUUUAUGCAAAACUAACAAUGAAAAUCAUACUACGUAGUUAUGUAAAUCAAAAAAAGAAGAAA